AUGUCCUCCGAGGCGGCGACUUGGCCAUCUACGUCAGACAUACUGCCGUGGAAAGACAGUCGGCGUCCAUACUCAAUGGGAGAUACAAUGACUUCCAGUGGACAGCUCAGCAGACCAGAUUCAUACCCUAAGGGCAACGCCCCUCCCAGCCCACCACGGCGCCCUCGAUUUCCCAAUAUCAAAGACCUGCAGGACCAGGCUGCUGCAUUGAACGUUAACGAUAACACGCCGCUCAAUAUCCUCCUAGCCACAGCUGCCGAUGCAAUUGCAAAGGCCAGAAACCUUGCGGAAGAAAACUACCCCGACAAAGCAUACGUUCACUACCUUCGUGCCUCCGAGAUCACAAUCAACUUGAUACCCCAUCAUUCAGACUAUCGAAUUGUCAGUCAAAAUCCUGAGUGGUAUAAGAAGUUUGCCGAUUUAAUGAAGGCGGUACGAUCCAAACAAGGCACCAUGGGUUCAAUCAAGCAGGAUAUCAUCGAGGAUAAUUUAGCCAGUGGCAUGCAGCCAAUCGGUGUGGUCACAUCAAAACAUCCUGAACAAAUGUCGGUCACGCCAAGGGGCCGUGAGAAUCGACAUUCUGGAUCAAGUUUAACCAGGAUGCCAAGUCCGACGCAGUAUCAAAGCAUGCCCGAGCCUUCGGCACAUUCACACCGAUUCUCAAGCCCCCCGGAUGACAUGCUUGCACAGCGUUUUGCUAAACUUAAGGCAUCUCCGCCUUCCAACGAAUACGAGCGGAGAUCGAGUAUUGCCGGACCGAGCAGCCCGACUGUAGGAUCUGCAGGGCAGACCCCACUUCGUCCGUCGAACGUUCCUCCUGGGGCAUAUAGCUCCCCACCGCUAAGACGUCCAUUGGGCCCCCGUGGCAUGGGAUCUUCAUCCAAUGUACCGAUUCUUCCACCGAAGGUUCCUCUCAAUACAUCAUUGCCACGUGCUCCAGACCCAGCCUACAGUCCUGUCUUCACCGUACCAUCAAAACCCACAUCUAACCCGCCGAGGACUUCGACGGAAAGCACACGCUCAGGCAAUCCAAGAUACUCGCAAUUCAGCAAUUCCCCUCGUGUCAGCCCAAACCGGGGAGCCUUCGAUGACAAUCCGUAUAGAUCUAUGACACCCAAUGGGUUGGAUUCGGCACGAGAAACGCGAAGUAAUUCACCCGAUCUGCCGUACAGCACAACGAUAACUGCGCAGAGCCUCCUUGAAAAUCUGCGGAAAUUCAACGUGCUGCUGAUUGAUGUUCGAGCCCGAGACCAGUAUGAUAAUGGUCAUGUAUAUGCAAAAUCCAUCAUUUGCAUAGAACCUGUGGUGUUGAAGGAGAACGUUUCCGCAGAAGAACUAGAAGAGCGCCUCGUUGUUUCCCCUGAGCAUGAACAGGUGUUGUUUGAGAAGCGGAACGAGUUUGAUCUUGUGGUAUACUAUGAUCAAAGCGCCGAUUCUGUUAGCUAUCUAGCUGGCUCCCCAGCGGGGACGUCUGCACCUCAUCUGCGAGCUCUUCAUGAUACCCUUUACGAGUUUAAUGCAUACAAACCGUUGAAAGCCGGGCGACCUCCUGCUCUUUUGCUGGGCGGAUUGGAUGCCUGGAUCGAUCUUCUGGGACAACAGUCCCUAGCCACCUCCUCAACUGCCGCUGUCAUGAGUUCUUUACAGGUUAGAAAACCGGUGCCUCGACCUGGUCGGCCUCUCGGGAGAGUGCCUACAGUGGCUAGUGCGAAUUCCAGCUUAGAAAUUCGGAAGAGACGACUGCGCGAGUUCACUCCUCUGAAUUCGAAGGAGCUGUCUGAGUGGAUGGAGAAAUCCAAAGUCGAGGAAGUUGAUACAAGCACUUACGCCGAGGAAGACGCACUAACGGACCAACCCGAGGAGACUGUACAAGAACCGUCCACUCCAUUUGUUCAUACAUACGAGGCUUUCUUGCGUCGUUUCCCCGAGCCGCACGAUGUUCAGGAGUCUAUGACACAUGCGACAUCUCAUCCUCCCUCUGCUACCCCGAACUAUGCUGCGCAUAUGCCUGUGGCUCCCUCUCGACCGCCUCCCGCUGUGCCUCGUCCCAGUUACAGCGGCGUAUCUGAUGGCCGUCACAUCCAACCUCAUCUGCAACGACAGAACUCGGCAAGUAGAACGGCAUUGUAUAUUCCAGGCUCUCGCCUUGAUCGCCUCAAGCUUCCGCGCACCGGCUUGACCAAUUUUGGUGUUACAUGCUACAUGAAUUCUACCAUUCAAUGUCUCAGCGCAACGAUUGCGCUGAGCCGGUUCUUCAUCGACAACCGAUUCCGUUAUUAUGUACAGAAAAAUUGGAAGGGUUCUCAGGGCGUGAUGCCAGGACUUUAUGCGAAUCUGACUCGGUCACUCUGGAAGAACGAUGUCGAAGUCAUCAUGCCAACCUCGUUCCGAAACUUCUGUGGGCGGUUGAACCGAGAAUGGGCUAUCGAUCGACAGCAAGAUGCCAAGGAAUUUUUCGAUUUUGUGGUAGAUUGCCUUCACGAGGAUCUCAAUAUCAACUGGCAGCGCACACCCCUUCGACCUUUGACCUUCUCGGAAGAGAUGCAGCGGGAACGAAUGCCGAUGACCAAAGUCUCUCGGAUUGAAUGGGAUCGAUACUCUCACCGCGAGGAAUCUUUUAUCUCGUCAUUAUUCGCAGGGCAGCAUGCUAGCCGACUGCGCUGCACGACCUGCCAACAAACAUCUACUACGUACGAAGCAUUUUAUAGUAUCAGCGUUGAAAUCCCACCCACUGGGGCUGGUGAUAUCUACCAGUGUCUUCGCAGCUACUGCCAGGAGGAGAUGCUGAGCGGCGACGAAGUAUGGAAGUGCCCACACUGUAAAUGCAAGCGAAUGGCGACGAAGCAGAUCAUCAUUACCCGGGCGCCCCAAAUUCUCGUUGUUCAUUUCAAGCGCUUCUCCGCAUCCAAGACCCAGAGCGCGCGGAAGAUCCACACCCCCAUCGAAUUUCCGCUGCACGGGUUGCGAAUGGAUGAUUUUGUGAUUGCGUACCCUCCCUCUCCGCCCCCGGAGCCCGGGGUACCGCCCACUACGGGUGCCACGGUCCCGCCUUUUACCUACGACGCCUUUGCGGUUUUACGGCAUCUCGGGUCCUCGAUGGGGAGUGGACACUACGUCUCACUGGUCCGCGAUGCGGAGCGGCAGUGCUGGCGGAAGUUUGACGACGAGCGGGCCACCGACUUCAACCCGCGCGACCUACGGGCGCGCGACCGGCUACAGAACGAGCAAGCGUACAUUGUGUUUUAUGAGCGAGUUCCAGCGAAAUGA